CUAGGAAUAGAACCUAUUGAUCCCCAUUUGGUGCUCUACCUGCUGCACUAGAGGUAGACAAGAUCCAGCCAACCAAACCACUCUAUCUGGCAAGUAGAUCCAGCCCACAGGCUACAGACCACCUAGUGCACUGAAAGCUACAAAGCAGAAGUGAUACAAGUGGAAAGAUGUUGACAAAUGACUGAUUUAUUUCACAUGCGAGAAAGCAUCUGUUGUGUCCCAGGAACAAAAAUUGGAAAUACUACGGUUGAAGUGCCACAAAACAGAAAAUAUAUUUGAUUGGCUGAUUCUCAACAUGAACCGUGCUUUCAGCAGAAAGAAAGACAAAACAUGGAUGCACACUCCUGAGGCUUUAUCCAAACAUUAUAUUCCAUACAAUGCAAAGUUUCUUGGCAGUACAGAAGUGGAACAGCCCAAAGGUACAGAAGUUGUGAGAGAUGCUGUUAGAAAACUAAAGUUUGCAAGACAUAUCAAGAAAUCUGAAGGCCAGAAAACACCAAAAGUUGAACUACAAAUCUCAAUUUAUGGUGUAAAAAUUCUAGAUCCAAAAACAAAGGAAGUCCAGCACAAUUGCCAGCUUCAUAGGAUCUCAUUUUGUGCCGAUGAUAAAACUGACAAGAGGAUAUUUACCUUCAUAUGCAAAGACUCUGAGUCAAAUAAACACCUGUGCUAUGUAUUUGACAGUGAAAAGUGUGCUGAAGAGAUAACUUUAACAAUUGGUCAAGCAUUUGACCUGGCUUACAGAAAAUUUCUGGAAUCUGGAGGAAAAGAUGUUGAAACAAGAAAACAGAUUGCAGGGUUACAGAAAAAAAUUCAAGAACUAGAAACUGAAAAUAUAGAACUGAAAAAUAAGGUGCAAGAUUUGGAGAAUCAGUUAAGAAUAAAUCAAAUACAUACAUCUCCACUGCUGCACAUAAAGUCUGAUAAUGAUCAACAUAUGUUUCAAAGACCCUCCAUCUUUUUCUGGUGUAAUAAUGAGGAUUCAACUCCUUGUUUAGAUAUCUCUUCCAUUACACUUACUCCUAUGAGCUCUCCUGACUCCAGACUAUCAUCUGGACUAUUAACACCACCACCUUCAAAAAGUGGUCUUCCAAAGCCAGUCAAUGAAUACAGCAUCCCAAGACCUCGUGCAGGCAGUGUGACACCUAAAUCACCCUCCACUGACAUCUUUGAUAUGGUUCCCUUUUCUCCCAUAUCCCCUCAGUCAUCAACACCUACUCGCAAUGGCACACAGCCUCCUCCAGUACCCAGUAGAUCUGCAGAGAUCAAGAGAGAUCUUUUUGGAGCAGAACCAUUUGACCCUUUUAGCUGUGGAGCAGGAGAUUUCCCUCCAGACAUUCAGUCCAAACUAGAUGAGAUGCAGGUACUUACUUAUCAUUUCAACAAAUGGUUUGCAUGAGCCUAUGAAUACUUAUAUAAGAAGGCUAAAGUAUACAUCAUAUAGUACUCUGUGUUGUAGCAUGUUUAGAAUCUGUUCUUUACUAUACAAAGAAAAAUUAACUUGUAUCUUUGUGGAUGGAUCAUACUUAUCUUCAAUCAGAGUUGAACAUUUAACUCCCUGAGGCACUCUCAAAUAGUCUCAGGAUAUUGAGAAAGAAUCCAAUUGGCACUUAGGCAUACUAAUUAGAGCUGGUUGGAAAUUUUCUGACAUUUUUGUCAGAAAAAUAUGAUUAGCUAAAAUUAAAAUGACCGGCGGCAACAUCCAGUUUUUGAUGGAAAUCCAAAAGAAACCAGACAAGUUUCCAAUAACCCUGCCUAAUUUUCUACCAGCUUAUCUGCUUUUCUCUUUGGCAGCUGGCAUCUCCCAAGUAAUGAGCAGGUUGGGGGGAUUUGGAAAUGUUUAGAAAAGGUCAAAAUGAAACUUUGGAAUUCCUAUUCAUGGGAAACUUUGAAAUGCCGUUUAUCAGUCUACUUUGGAACAACUUUUUCAUCUUGAAAUUUACUGCAGACUGAGAAGUCAAGUUUCUGACCAGCACUAGUACUAAUAUUUGUGUAGAAUGAGCUCAAAGCUAAAGGUAAUAGAACAGGAGAAAUAGCUCUCAGAGGCAUCUAGAAAGCCUAACUACAACAGUUUUAUUGUGGAAUUUCCACAGCAUUGUUUAAAUUGUUUCUUCAACAAAGGAGUUUGAAUUUGAUUGCUUAAUGCAUGUCAUAGUAUCCUAUAAAUAAUUUUAGAAUACAUCAAUGGCUUGGCUCAAAAAUAAACAUCUUUUUAUUGCUUUAUAGUAUUUCUAAUCUCUCUUUUAUCUUCUUGUGUUUUCCUGGGUGUUCAGCGUCAGCGAUGGUUGGUAUAUCAUAUUUUAAUAUCAAUAUUACAUUAACUUGUUAUAAUUAAAAUCCUAAAAAAUAGGCAUAUUGUAUAAUUUCUGUCUUUUAUGAGGUUUAUAUUUUAAUCCAUGUAUGCAUGUCUGUAAUUGAGGACUAUUUUUAUGCAAAUAUUUUGGGGGGGAUAUUCAGAGGGGAUUGGUUGUUGGUUGUUUUGGGGUGGGGGAAUUGUCUUUCAAGUCUUAAUUUAUAUUCUUUUUUUCCCAUUUUCUCCCAUUGUUCAUUUAUUCCUCUCCCUCUUUCCCCCUCACAUUUUCAUCAUUGGACUGUGGCUUAUAAAAUUGUCUCUUCAGGAAAAUAUUAUCCAUCAACCUCUUCUACCUAAAUAUAUCUGGAAUUUGAAAAUGGGAAAGAUGUUUCUAUCUUGGAGUUAGUGAUGUUAGUGUAACCCACACACCUUGGGUAUAUCUAGAUUGCGUCCAGAUUAGGCAGGUCGACAUUGCAAAUGAGGCAGGGAUUUAAAUAUCCCGUGCCUAAUUUGC